CGGCGCAUUCAAGAGAAAACAAAAAGACUUAGAGACUGAGGUCCCUGGCAACAACCAAACAAAGCUACAACCUGCUGCAUAAGCUAAAGCACAUACAUUUAUAUGUAAAUAUUAUAAGUCAUGGCUCUGGCCUGUAAUUUCUUAAGCAUGGAUGAUUCGUCUCCCGCGGCUCUGACAGACCUGUGCCUCACCUACGUGAGCCAGAAUUUGGAGUAUUUCUGUAUGAAGCUCUCUGAUGGGUCCUGGUGCUUCAAGGAGGCUGUCCUUUUCCCACAGGAGCUGGCAGACCAGCUGCUGGCCAAGAUGGCUACGGAAGGUCUGCUGAAUGACAGCACCGUGGGAGUGUUUAAGAACUGUGAGUAUCUGCGGCUGAAACGCGCCUGCAUCCGUACAGCACGCAUGUCUGCAGAGGCUUUUCAGAAGGUCUUGUGCCAACACAAGCUGCUGGAGCUAGAUGCUGCCAGGGUCAACGCAGACCUCACCAUUCCUGAUAUUCUGAAAGGACUGGCCACCAAUAAAUACUGUCAGGAAUCUCUCCAGCGACUCAUCUUGACUGGUCUCACCAUGUCCUCCCUGGAGGAACCGAUCUGGUAUCAGUUCAGCGCCCUGCAUGGCCUGCGCUCACUUUCUCUAGCUAAUGUAGACUUCUACGAUUCUGGGCUCGUUGACGUCUGCUACCUGCCUCGACUGGAGAGCCUUGAUCUCUCUAACACUUCCAUUACUAACCUGACUCCACUGUUGGGCCUGAAGGAGCGACUCCGCUCCCUGACACUUCACCAGCUGAAGAGGCUGGAGAUGAGCACAGCUCAGCUGCUGGGAGUCAUCGGCCAGCUGAAUGUACUGCAGCACUUGGACAUCAGUGAUGAUAAACAGUUUACCUCUGACGUGGCCCAUCAGCUGCUCAGACAGCCAGGGAUCCUGCCUGAUCUAGUUUCCCUUGAUGUCUCAGGAAGGAAACAGGUGACAGAUGCCGUUGUUCGGUCCUUCGUUGAGGAGAGACCAGGGAUGACAUUUGUGGGGCUGUUAGCCACGGAUGCUGGUUUUUCUGACUUUCUCUCUGGAGAAGGAAAUCUGAAGGUGACGGGAGAAGCCAACGAGAAUCAAAUCUGCGAAGCGUUGCGUCGAUACAGUGAGAGGGAAGGGUUUGUGAGGGAAGCGCUCUUUCACCUGUUCAGCCUGACGCACGUCAUGGAGAAACCAAGACCUGACAUCCUCAAGCUUGUAGUUUUGGGUAUGAAGAAUCAUCCAGCCACUCUCAACGUCCAGUUGGCAGCUAGUGCGUGUGUGUUCAAUCUAACAAAGCAAGACCUGGCUGCAGGAAUGCCCGUCCGACUGUUGAGCACCGUCACACAGCUCUUAUUAGAGGCCAUGAGGACCUUCCCCAACCACCAACAGCUGCAGAAGAACUGUCUAUUGUCUCUGUGCAGUGACCGCAUCCUGCAGGAAGUUCCAUUCAACAGGUUUGAAGCUGCCAAACUGGUGAUGCAGUGGCUCUGCAACCAUGAAGACCAAAACAUGCAGAGGAUGGCAGUGGCUAUCAUUUCCAUACUAGCUGCUAAGUUGUCUACAGAACAGACAGCUCAGCUGGGAGCAGAGCUGUUCAUUGUGAAGCAACUGCUUCACAUCGUGCGUCAGAAAGCGAGUCAAAGCGUGGUGGACGCAACCCUCAAGUUUACGCUGAGUGCACUCUGGAACCUUACAGACGAGUCACCCACAACUUGCCGCCAUUUCAUUGAGAACCAGGGUUUGGAUCUGUUCAUUAAAGUUCUUGAGUCAUUCCCCAACGAGUCGUCCAUUCAGCAGAAGGUUCUUGGGCUUCUGAACAACAUUGCAGAAGUUAGGGAGCUGCACACAGAGCUGAUGGUGCAGAGCUUUUUGGACCACAUCAGCACUCUUCUGCACAGCCCCGAGGUGGAGGUCAGCUACUUUGCCGCAGGCAUCCUGGCACAUCUGACGUCUCGAGGACAGGAGGCCUGGACACUCACUCCCAGUCUGCGCUUCUCGCUGCUUGAGCAGCUGCAUGCUGUCAUUAUGAAGUGGCCUCCUCCUGAGUGUGAGAUGGUGGCCUACAGGUCCUUUAACCCGUUUUUUCCACUCCUGGAGUGUUUUCAUACACCUGGUGUCCAGCUAUGGGCAGCCUGGGCCAUGCAACAUGUCUGUAGCAAAAACGCUUCUCGUUACUGCAGCAUGUUGUUGGAAGAGGGCGGCCUGCAGCAGCUGGAGCAUGUACAUGCACACCCACAGACCCACAGAGACGUUCAACUGCUGGCUGAAAGCAUUCUGGAGAGUCUGCAAUGCCACAGAGCCCGCACCGGCCAGCCGGCACACACAAGUCGACGCCAGCCUUCACAGUAACAUC